AUAAUGUAUUUACUGUAUCUCAAGUAGCACUCCGCACCUGUAGAGGGCAGCAGAGGGCAAGCGUCAGAGAAACAAAACGAGCGGAGUCCUGAAAACACUGCAGGAGGAUGCAGUGUUAGCAUAGCCGAGUAAAGAUAACAAAUGUUCAUAAAUCUGCGUUAAACAUGAAAUUGUAUUGUCUCUCUGGUCAUCCUACACUGCCUUGCAAUGUCCUCAAGUUCAAAUCCACCACUAUCAUGCUGGACUGUGGGCUGGACACCACCUCUGUCCUCAACUUCCUGCCCCUUCCUCUCGUGCACAGCCCCAGACUUUCCAAGCUUCCUGGUUGGGUCUCUAAGGAUGGAUCAGCAAACCUUCAGAAGGAGCUGAAGGAGUGUGCAGGAAGAGUGUUUGUGGACUCACAGCCAGAGUUCUGUCUCCCUGAGUAUAUUCAUAGAGAACUGCUGGAUCUGUCCACCAUUGAUGUCAUCCUGAUCUCUAACUACCACUGUAUGAUGGCCCUGCCCUACAUCACUGAACACACCGGCUUCACUGGGACAGUCUACGCCACAGAACCCACCCUGACCAUUGGCAGACUGUUUAUGGAGGAGCUGGUGAACUUCAUGGAGAGAGUUCCCAAAGCCCAGUCUGCCACCUGCUGGAAAAAUAAGGAAAUGCAGAGGAUGCUCCCUGGGCCCCUGAAGGAUGUAGUAGAUGUGUGGGCGUGGAAACGAAGCUACAGCAUUCAGGAGGUCAACUCGGCUCUCAGCAAAGUGCAGCUUGUGGGAUAUUCUCAGAAAGUGGAGUUGUUUGGAGCGGUACAGGUCUCCCCUUUAAGCUCCGGUUACUCUUUGGGCAGCUCUAACUGGAUCAUCCAGUCUCAUCAUGAGAAGGUUUCCUAUGUGUCGGGUUCUUCCCUACUCACCACACAUCCACAGCCAAUGGACCAGAGCUCCCUAAAGAACAGUGACGUUCUGAUUCUGACCGGUCUCACCCAGAUGCCCACCGCCAACCCAGACGGCAUGCUGGGAGAAUUCUGCAGCAACCUUGCCAUGACGAUUCGAGCAGGAGGCAACGUGCUGGUGCCCUGCUACUCCUCGGGGGUGAUCUACGACCUGCUGGAGUGUCUGUACCAGUUCAUCGACAGCGCCAACCUGGGGACCACGCCCUUCUACUUCAUCUCCCCCGUCGCCAACAGCUCGCUGGAGUUCUCUCAGAUCUUCGCUGAAUGGUUGUGCCACAACAAGCAAUCAAAGGUGUAUCUUCCAGAGCCCCCAUUCCCCCACGCAGAGUUGAUCCAAACCAACAAGUUGAAGCACUACCCCAGUAUCCACGGAGACUUCAGCAGUGAGUUCCGGCAGCCCUGCGUUGUGUUCACGGGUCACCCCUCUCUGCGCUUCGGGGACGUGGUUCACUUCAUGGAGCUGUGGGGCAAAUCCAGCAUCAACACCAUCAUCUUCACUGAGCCAGACUUCUCCUACCUGGACGCUCUGGCUCCCUACCAGCCGCUGGCCAUGAAGUGUGUUUACUGUCCCAUCGACACACGGCUCAACUUCCACCAGGUGUCAAAGCUGCUCAAGGAAGUCCAGCCCCUCCAUGUGGUGUGUCCGGAGCAGUACACCCAGCCCCCCCUGACCCAGUCCCACCGCUCUGAUCUCAUGCUGGAGCUGCAGCCCCCCCCCAUGCCCUACAGGCGCUGCUCUGUGCUCAACCUGCCCCACAGACGCCGCUACGAGCGCGUCUACAUCCUGCCGGAGCUGGCCAACUCCUUGGUGCCCUCCGAGAUCAAACCCGGCGUCUCCCUAGCAACGGUGUCUGCAGUGCUGCACUCCAAAGACAACAAGCACACACUGCAGUUGGUGCCCAAACCCCCUCCAGUGGCCCCCAGCAAGAAGAGGAAGCGGGUGCUGGAGGAGCCUCCGGCAGUGCUGGCCCCCAAAACCCUGCUGAGUGGAGCUGUGCCCCUGGAGGCCUUCCUCGCCACGCUGCAAAAUCACGGCUUCACAGAAGUGAAGGUGGAGGAGACGGCGGACGGACACAUUCUGCACCUGCAGGCGGAGGACACUCUGAUCCAGCUGGAGGAGGACGGGACUCAUAUCGUCUGUGACAACAACGAGCCGCUGCGCACCACCCUGAGAGACCUGGUGCUGCGCUUCCUGCAGAAACUCUGACCUCAUCACGCCUCAGUAUUGUUAGUUUUUCUGCUUUAUUGGACUACAAAGGUAAAAAGAGAUGAUGGUGGAGGAGGACGAAGAGCUGUGAACUGGACUGUCCCACCUCAGUAACUGUCAAGCCAUAUUUUGUAAAAUAGUAUUUUGUAUUAAAAAUUAAAAUUGUUUUUGUUAGAUCAUCUCUGAGUUUUAUAUAAUUGCAGUGUCCUUAUUCAGGAAACUGUAAUAUAGAGAAACAGAAAAGAAAACAAAUCAAAUGUCCUUUGCAACUCACGUUAUUCAACUUGGUUUUAAAAAAUAAGAAAGUGUAAACAUGUUUAAAUGUUAUUGAAAAUGUAUUUAAACCCUUAAAUAGGUUAAACCCUGAUCCUGUCAGUGUUUGUGAUCAGCUGUUGCAGGUUUUCAGACCGUAAGUAGGAACAUGUUCAGUGCUUUGAAGAGAGAACAAAAUGUUCCUGCUGUAUCUGAAUUGGAUGUUCUGAGAUCUUUUGAAAAGGAAUAAUUGGCCCUUUUUUACAUUUCUAAUAGCAGGAAAAAGCACACAAUUGAAUAAAACAUGGAUGAUGGCUCACUUUCUGGCACAUCUACCAAUCAUUAAACCUUCCUCUACAGUUCAAACUGAGGAGGUUUAAUGAUUGAUAUUUAUACUUUGGCUCAAAUCUAGGUCAUGUACUGUAAUAGUUUGGAAAGGUCAAUAUUCUUAUUUAAAAAAAAGACCUUUCAGUUUACUCAUUUCGUUUUUUGUUAGUACUACUCUUAAUUGUGUAGCUGCGUAUAUCUACAAAAAGCAUGACGGAAUUCCAUGCUUAAUAUUUUUUGAUAAAACAAAUCAUUCUAACAAAAAAAGGUAAAAGACAGAAUUUAGCCAGGCAAUGAAGAUUCAUUUUAUAAUAACUGAUACAUUUGACAUACUUUAGAAAAUAAAUUGUGCUUAUGAUUGAGAGUAGUCAUAUUUAGAGGUGAAACAAUUAGUCAAUGUAUCAGUCAAACGAUGGGAAAAUAAACAUUUGUUUUGCUAGAUUGAAAAACUAUGGGUAUUUCCCCGGUUACAUUUUCUAACGUUGGACAGAUACUGUUAAACAGAAUCUGUACAUUAGCCUGAAAACUCAAAACUGAAAUUAGGCCCUCUCUGAAAGUUGGUUAGAAAAACAAAAACAACUCUGGAUUGGCUUUUUAUUUGUCACAAAAUAGGUGAAGGGUUCACAUGCAGCUCAAAUGCAUUUAAUAAUAUGCUUUCAAUGUACAAUAUCUUACAGUGUAUUACAUGACCAUUGCUUUGAUAAUACAGCUGUGUGCAGCAGAAGGAACAUAAGGGGUUAGACUCAACAAAUACACCUCCAAAAAAUAAAACUUCUCUUUUUCCUUCAGUGAUCAAUUAACAUAUACCACAGACGCAACAAACGUUUAACUGCUCCUGUUUGUCCGUGUGCCGUCUUCGGGGAAAGAGAGAGAGUGUGUGUGUGUGUGUGUGUGUGUGUGUGUGUGUGUGUGUGUGUGUGUGUGUGUGUGUGUGUGUGUGUGUGUGUGUGUGUGGAAGAACAAACAGGCGACAAUAGUGGUGCAGUGAUGACCUUUUUUUGUGGGUUGUCAAAAAGUAAUGGUGUUAGAAAUAUUGUAGAAAAUAAGAUCUUUGGUAAACACAUUUAUGAUACUACGAAAUGUUGUUCAGCAGGAUAAUAUCCAAAUAUUAACACCACUUAAUGAUUCUUUUAAGCAUAAAUGCAAUCGAGAGAAGUAUAGAGCUAACGCUAGGCUAAAAACGAACCCCCUGUUAGCAACUGCAGUUUUCACAACGCAUUAAAAGCUUUGAGCAUUUACACAUUUGCUCUUACUGACAUAUUUAAUGUCACAGAACAAAAUCUCUUCAGCUUGUGUUAACCACAGACCUUGUAUUAAGCAACUAACCAAAAACCACAAACAAAAACGUUGACUUAGAGACGCGGGAAGUGGUAAAAUGCUGACUCAUUUCUGGGUUUUAGGACUUUUUCCUGCACCACUGUAUUCCUCAGUCAUAUGGACAGUGCAUGUUAAGAGCUUAGUGAGACGGGAUCCAUGACUGUAGUGACCUCCACUACAAAAGGCGAUUUUUGAAGAGAUAUAAUUAUACAUAAGGGAUACUUUCUGACCAAUUACGAGUAUUGCUCCGUGGUUGUUCUUCCUUCUAGAUAAAGGAAGUUACAGGCA